AUGCACAAGACUGCUGCAGCUUUCAGGAAGGAGGCUAAUGUCUGCGGCACCCCUGUUGGUAGUACUUUCGCUGAUCAAAUGCCUCUGCUUUACGCUUAUUUGUUUUCAUUGAAUGAAUUCAUUAAUACUCCCGACGGAUUCUUACAUGAAUGGUGGUCUUUAUUUCACGACGUAUAUGCCGCCAGGGAAUUGAAGCAUCAAGAGGCGAAGGCAGAAGCAUCUCUAGUUAAGGCUAUGCAAACGAGAGAGAAUGAAGGACAAAAUGAACGUCCAAGAGUGACACACAUAGCAACAAACAAACAGAGGCCUCCACAAUUUGAUAAGGGUACUAGUUCAAGAAGGCAGUCUACUGGAGAUUUUUAUCCCAGUUUACAUCCAGUUGAUGUCAAUAAAUUGAAUGUCUCAAAGCCGGUUACAAUCAAUUCAAGAAGUGUGGGAAGAGGAAGGAAAAGAUUGAGGACAUGGGUGAUUACUGUUGAUUGGCUUUGUCUAAAUCCAGUGCUUUUUUUUUCUUCUUUUACUGACAUUCUCCAUUCCUGUGUCAGUCAUGUGCUGCAACAAUUUCCCAAUCACCCUCAACAGCAGGCGGAGGACAACAGAAAUGUCAUUAGCUUGGGCAGGACCAUCAGCAUGGACCGUACGCUUUAUGGAUUGAGUAGUGCCAUACGCCCAGUAACUGGAGCUCAGGAUGCAGGCAUGGUUGUAGUCAAUCCUGGAACAUGGCAUGUAUUAAACUCAGCUUUGCAAGCCCCAAACCUUCAGCAGCAGAUUCAGACAUUGACAGCAGAACAUCAGCAUCCGGUUUUGGGUCAGAUGAUUGGCCAAUGGAGACCAACUGCUGCGUACCAACACCAACAUGAUUGGCCUCAGCAGCAGCAGUUACUAGAGAAUGACAGAAAGAGGAGGACAGCACCAUUUUUGAGAGCUGGAGGCAUCCCUUUGGGUGAUAUGAAUGCUAAUGAAGAAAUACCUGUGGAAGCAAAUGCUGAAUCUUUCUUGUCCUAUGGUGAUGACAAUGCUGAUGGUACAAACACUACUUUCAGAUUUAUAAAACGUAGAGCUACAGCUUGCAACAAAAAUGAACAAAAAGGCUUCACAUUUGAAGAAGUUGGUUCUCUCCACUCAAGCAAAUCCAAGGUUCUAUGCUGCCAUUUUUCAUCGGAAGGGAACUUGUUAGCUAGUGCAGGGCAUGAAAAAAAGGUUCUGAUUUGGAACAUGGAAACCUUUGAUUUUGAUAAAACUUCAGAAGGGCAUUCUCUUCUCAUUACAGAUAUACGGUUUCAACCAAAUUCAACAAUUUUUGCAACAUCUUCAUUUGAUAAAACUGUGAAGAUAUGGGAUGCAGCAAGAUCGAGCAAAUCAUUAUCCAAGCUUUUAGGGCACUCUGGACAAGUAAUGUCAUUGGAUUUCCACCCACGGAAGGUCAAUCUCCUUUGUUCAUGUGAUAAUAAUGAUGAAGUCCGACUGUGGGAUAUCAACCAAUGUACUUGCACAAGCAUCUUUAAGGGAGCAACUAAACAAGUCAGAUUCCAGCCUCAAUUUGGAAAAAAUUUGGCCACUUCAUCAGGAAAUGGUAUCAAUGUAUUUGAUGUUGAGACUGGGAGUCUCAAGUUUUCCUCGAAGGGAUCCGGACAUGUCAAAGAUGUUGUUUCACUUUGCUGGGAUACCAGUGGGAAGUAUCUUGCCUCUGUUAGUGAAGACAGUGCAAGAGUUUGGUCUGCUGCGUCAAACGGAAAAUGGAUACAUGAACUGAAAUCAAAUGGCAAUAAAUUCCAAUCAUGUACAUUUCAUCCUGGAUAUCCACUACUCUUGAUCAUUGGUGGUUACCAGUCCCUGGAGUUGUGGAAUCCAAGUGAGAGCAGCAAAACAUUGACAGUUCCAGCGCACAAGGGGCUAGUUGCCGCACUGGCAGAAUCCCCAAAGACUGAAAUGGUUGCCUCAGUGAGCCAUGAUCAGUGUGUCAAGCUAUGGAAAUGA